AUGCUGCGAACGUUCCGCUCAAUGAGCCCGGAUUCCCCGCUCUAUCGCGCGACGAGCACGAUAGACGAGCUGACCCUCGCGCUCGCCAACUUCUCGCGCGCGUCCUCGCCAGAGCCGCUCCACGUCGCCGUGUGCUGCUGUAGGAAGGAAGAGUGCGCGACGAGUAAGGCGUGGCUAGCGUACAAGACCAAGAUGGAGGCCAGGCUCGUACUCAGUGCAGAGGUCGGGCAAGCUCUCUUAGAGAGGCAUGAGGCGUAUGUGCGAAGGCGUGAGUCGGAACGAUCACCAGUACCUACAGAAGCUAGCGACACCAGCGAGGGCCCUGUCGACGCACGAGUUGCGGAGUUAGUCAAGGAGAACGCAGUGCUGGAGAAGCGUCUCACACAGGCUCUAGUUAACAACGAAAUGUCCGAAGCAUCCAACAAGACGACAUUGCAAGAGCUCGAGGAAGUUCGCGCCAACAUGUCGCGCUUGACGACCCAACAGGCGCGCUCGAUUGGGUGGGAGACCCGGCUCUCGAGCGCGCUGCAGGAGAAGGACGACAUGCAGCAGGAGAGAGACAGCGCGGCGCAGCGGGCGAAACUGGCAGAGGCGCGGAUUAGCAUGCUGAGAGACAAGUGCGCCAAGUUGCAGGCUCAACUGGUGCGUCUUCGUGAGGAUCUGGACGCUCAGCGGUCGCAUCGUCGAGUGAUGUCUCAGGAGGUGCUGCAGGACGCGCGUCUGCGUUUGGCACAGCUGCAACAAUCGCAACAGGGCCACGCAAUGGUGCCUGAGAAUACGGAGAUGACGACGGUGCUGGAGUCCCUGGUGACGGACAACGAGGCGCUGAAGCGUGAUAACGCGGAGCUGCGGAACCUGCUCGGGGAGUCGCGCGAGGACCUGCGGGCACUGCAAGAAGAGAUCCAGGAGCGGCGGGCGAAUGACAUGUCGUUUGCCCGGCAUCGCUACACGCACAGCGGACAGUCGUCCGCGUCGUCCCCGCUGUCGCCCGUGUUCCAUGUGGGGACCGCCCCUUCGCCGUCGGUGCUGCAUUCCCUGGACCCCGCCUUGCGUGGGGGUCGACGUGCUGCCAGCAUGGAGCGGGCGUCUCGAAGGGCUUUCGAACUGCUCACGCCGGAGACGGAACAACGGCCGCUGUCUCCCGCAGACUCGCUCAUGCCGAGCGAGGCGAAAUGGACGUCGUUUUCGCGUGCAAGCUAUCCAUCGUCGCGUGACAGCUUGGAGAACGAUGACGAUGAUGCGAGGGCAUCCCCCGGGUAUCCACGUGCGCAGAAGACAUUGUAUCCCCUGACUCGCUCGCGCGGCGUGCAGACGGAUGGCGGCGAGAGCCAGUCCCCGUCGUCCGUCCUGCGUGCAUAUAGCGACCAGGCGUCCUCGUUCGCGUCAUUCUCACCCCACGACGGGCAGUCCGAGUCAUCUUCUGUGACGGACAAUAAUCAGUCCUCCUCGACCGUCAUGAGCGCGCUCCUCGAGCGAGUGACGACACUCCUGACGCGCCUCAGCCAGGCGGACGCGUUUACACUGACAGACCGGCUGAAGCGGCAGCACCUGGUUGGCGCGGACGUGAGCCAUCUCUCGCGUACGACUGUGAGCGGAAUCCUGCGCGAGUCCGCCGCACUCCGUGCGCACUUCCGCGCGUUCCUCGAGGACGAUAAGGUCACGACGACAUGCACGCGCCGGGACCUCCGGACACUCCUCAGGCUCGUCAAGGACAUGUUCGCCGAGAUGGGCCAGAUGCGCGUUACCCUCAACGAUGUCAUCCUCGACCCCAGCGUCGCGAACAAGGUUAGUGAGAUGGCGCUGCAUCCCGCAAAGGCGACUGCAGAGACAUCGGGAGUAGACGCGGGGAACCUCUCUGCUCCAGGAUGGAUGGCUCCGAUCUCGAAGCUGCUCGGCCUACCAUCCGCCGGGCCAAAUGCAAGCGAACAGGCCGCCUCUCGGGCACUCGCGCCUCCCGUGCGGUCGAGCAGCCGCGGGCGUGGCCGCGCCCCCUCCCGCGUCGUCCCCAAGCGCGAGGCCGCCUUGUCCGCAUCCGCGAUGACCGUGAACGUGGAAUUCAGCGGAACCGCGGUCGGGCGCUCGGUCACGAGCACCUACUCUGCGCAUCCCGAGCGCGAGGACAGCAUCAGCAUUCUGUCGAUGCAGAGCCUCACGACGCAGCCAGUUGCUCCGGUCCCAAAUGGGCCCAAUACGAACCUCUCCCGGAGUGUCAUGGGUAUCUUCGCCGGGGCACCACGGACUGAGGAUAGCGUUGAUCCGUGGAUCGUGAUUCCUAAGCCACAACGCGGAUUCACAGUUCCUAUGCCAGGCGUAAGAGAAGGGAGCUUAACUGGGACAGGUGCGCCUUCUGGCUCGGCAUCGGGGGCCGCGACCGUUGGACGGUCUGCGCUGCGACACGCAGCAUCCCGCAUCGGGCUGUCGCGCCUGGUCGAUGCUGUCGACUUGGCAGGCGAUCGUCCGGAGCCUCAAGAGGCGAGUCCGAGCACGCUAUUGGACCGCACGCUCAUCCGGCGGGGCCUGUCGGACUCCUCCAUCCAUACCACGUUCAUGAAUCACGGUGAGGAGGAGGCCAAGCCCGCCGAACACGAGACCUCCGCGACGCAAGACCACCAGUCUGUACUCGCUGCGAUCAGCAAGCGGAUGCAGGGCUUCCGAUUCGCAGGUCCCACUUCGAACGCGGACGCAGGACGCCCGGUUUCGCGCCCUGAGACACCCGUCUCACGACCAAACGUCAAGAGCCCUGAUCGCGAAGGGGCACAUACGCCCACGCGCCCGCGCGCAUCGUCACCUCGCGCCAUUCCGCCUGGCACGGCAGGGCUUCUGCGGACCUUGAACUUGGCAUCGUGGGCGACGACGGCGCUGGACCCCAAUCAGCCUCCAUCGUCUUCAUUAUUCGGAGAGAGUCCUCGCGAGGAGACAUUCAUGCACCGGACUUGGAGUCGUGAGGGGGAUUACUGA